AGGAUUGAACAUUGAAAGACUGAUCUCAUUCGGAUAACAGUACUACUUUAUUUCUAGAAGCGCUAUCAGAUCAUCAAAUAGAUUCCUCACCAUCGCGCAGGAAAUCCUUUAUUGUGGGAAGCAUGUGUCAAAACUAAACUAAGAAAUUAGACAAACAUGUCGAAUAUCACGGUGGUUGUCCUCAUAUUCCUUUUCCAAACAUGCCUCACUGCUUCAACCGCUCUCCGGCCACACAUCUUGUUCAUCAUGGCAGACGAUAUCGGCUACCAGGACGCGGGUUUCAGAGGCAGCUUCAUUGCCACCCCCAAUAUAGACGCGUUGGCCACUGAAGGGGUAAUCCUGAAUCACCAUUACGUCAUGCCCCAGUGUUCUCCCACCAGAUCGGCCUUCAUGACCGGUAGAAAUGGUAUUAAAACUGGAUCCUGGUACGGCAACAUGAAGCCAGGACAGAUAGGUGGCCUGGAGGAUAGGACAAUAGGGGAGAUGAUGCAGGAACAUCAGUACAAGACCCAUUUGGUGGGGAAGUGGCAUCUUGGCAUGUCCAGUCCAGAUUAUACCCCUGUCAACAGGGGGUUUGAUACCUUCCUGGGCAUGUACCUAGGCUCCGGCGACUACUUCAAACAUCAGAACGGACGGGGUUUUGAUAUGAGGUUCAACUACCGGCAACCAGAAAACGGGCUCAUAGUUGAUAAGAUUUUAAAAAGCUAUGCAAAUGUUCAUAGCACGGAGAUUUACACGAACAGAACGAUUGACAUUUUAGAACAGCAUGUUAACCAAUAUGGCACGGGCAGUGAGGAACCUUUGUUUUUAUUUUUAUCCUACCAAGCACCGCACGGACCUUACCAAGUCCCCGAAAGAUAUAGAGCCAACCUACCGCCAUUUUUCGCAGACAAAUCCAGCCAACUUAGAACAUAUGCAGGCAUGGUAAACUUCAUGGACGAAAGUAUAGGGAGGAUACACUCAACCCUGAACCAACUGAACCUGCUGGACAACACAUUGAUCGUGUUUACCAGUGAUAAUGGAGCUAUUUUAGACGGACCCGGUAGUAAUUUCCCCCUCAGGGGUGGUAAGAAGGAUUACUACGAGGGGGGCGUCAGGGCUCUGGCUUGGGUUAAUAGUCCUCUGUUGGAUAAAACCGGAUAUAUCAACAAACAGCUCCAUCACAUCUCUGAUUGGUACCCAACGUUUGAGUUCUUAGCCACUGGAGUGGAUAAUAAUCCGGCAAGUGGCAGGCGGAAGAAAAAGAACAGAAAUUCCUAUUCCGCUAUUGAUGGGGUGAACAUAUGGGAUUCAAUUUCUGACAAUUGGGCUUGCAGAGAAACAGUGUUAAUAAAUAUACAGCGAACAGACAUGUACAACUCGAACGCAAGGAGUACUAAACGUGAUAAGAUGACAGUACACAAAGAGGGGAGUAAUCUGGCGAGACCUGAGAACGGCACGGAAAUAAUAGCUGAUAACACGGAUGAUGAUGUCAAUAUUACGGAGGAGUCCGGAGAUGGAGCCCGUGAUACUUCUACAAGUGAUACUGGAGAAGAGGCAAAUGGUGGCAAGAUGAGGGGGUCAGGGAAAGUGCCCCCUUUUAAAGAUUUGGUGGUCUACAUAUGGAAAUCAUGGAAAAUGAUCAUUGGAAACGAAAAAUCAAUCUACGCUGGCUGGAAGAACAAAAACGAGUGGACAAUCUGGAACUCGGAGGGAUACCGGAAUGACUCCCUAGACGACACUGACAACAGAGUCAUACUUUAUGAACUUAGGACAGAUCCCAGGGAAAAGAGGAAUAUAGCUUACAAAUACCCUGGAAUGGUCGAUGAGAUGAUCAGCAGGAUCAACCGGAAUCACUGGGCCGAUGUGAAGCCAAUAUCCAAGUUCAAGUACAGCGGUCGAGGUAUUUCCCAACAGUCGGUCUGGAGACCUUGGUUAAAAUCAACAGAUGGCAACGUCAUGUACCGCCUUUAUGACGAAAUUAUUACUAAAACUGAUGACGAUGAUACUGAUUCAGGAAAUACUGAAACUGAUUCAGAAGAUACUGAGUCAGGUGACACUGAUGCAGGAGAUGCUGAAAUUGAUUCAGAGGAUGCUGAAAUUGAUUCAGAGGAUGCUGAAAUUGAUUCAGAAGAUACUGAAACUGAUUCAGAAGAUACUGAAAUUGAUUCAGAAGAUGCUGAAAUUGAUUCAGAAGAUACUGAAACUGAUUCAGAAGAUACUGAAAUUGAUUCAGGUUACACUGAUUCAGGUGACACUGAUUCAGGAAAUACUGUUUCGGGUGACACUUAUUCGGCUGAUAGUGAAAUUGAUUCAGAAGAUGCUAAAAUUUAUUCAGAAGAUGCUGAAAUUUGUUCAGAAGAUACUGAAAUUGAUUCAGGUAACACUGAUUCAGGUGAUACUGAUUCAGGAGAUACUGUUUCAGGAGAUACUGAUGCAGGAGAUGCUGAAAUUGAUUCAGAAGAUGCUGAAAUUGGUUCAGGAGAUACUGAAACUGAUUCAGAAGAUACUGAUUCAGGUGACACUUAUGCAGGAGAUGCUGAAAUUGAUUCAGAAGUUGCUGAAAUUGAUUCAGAAGAUGCCGAAAUUGAUUCAGAAGAUACUGAAAUUGAUUCAGGUGACACUGAUUCAGAAGCUGCUGAAAUUGAUUCAGGUGACACUGAUUCAGGUGACACUGAUUCAGGAAAUACUGUGAUACUGAUUCAGGAGAUACUGUGA